AUGGAUUUAAGAGAUUCGCUUUCCCAGGACUCCCAGGUGUCUUCUUUAGGCAGCAACUCCAGCCUUGCGCAAACCAUCCAACAAACACAGGAACAAAACAUCACGGAAUACACACGUGCGCAAUACAACCUCCAUCACUCAGAUCCUGACGGCCAUAACAAUGGCAGUGUGUUCCAUAUAAGCAGCGGUGUGGACUCAUCCGUCCUCUCAUCCGCACCUGCAAACCUCACAUCGGAGCAUUCAGACACCCACAUUCCAGUCCCACGCACUGCAUGCCAGUUCUGCCACCUCCAAGGCCUGAACGACUGUAACGUACUGCAGGGAGACAGGGCGUGUCUCCGGUGCUUACUCAUGGGUGGCGCGUGUGAUCUCGACUCAGAUGGGACUUCGAGACGGAGAGGGAUGGUGACAUGGUGCAUGUACUGUGAAGCGACGAGGAGGAAAUGUGCGACGAAUCCAGAUUGGUGUGAUAAAUGUCUGUUCUGUUGUGAUGGGGAGUGUAUUGUCUUGUACAAACCUGAACUGAAGGACACCCGCUCGGUUAGUGAGGGUGAAGAUGAGAAUGAAGAUGAUGCAUCGAGCUUACUUCGAGGUGAGGGAGAUACUACUCCAGAGUCUUCGAUGCACUUUGGUGCUGUCAAAUGUCGAGGCUGUGGUGAAAAGCUCAGCACCGCGGAGGAUGUCACCUGUCCGCGUUGUACAGAUGUCAUGGUGAGGACCGUGCAAGCAUAUUCUCCUUCAGGGCGUGCCCCCAAUAUUUUACAGGUUGUCCUUGAAUCAGAUGGGAGGAAGGUUUUGAAUACAUGUGCCGGAUGCUUUGACCGUAAGCUGGAUCCGGAAGCUACUGAAAUCUAUUGUAGCGUAUGCAAGGAAUCUUUGCUGCGAUCUGUAGCUCUGAAGCAAAAUUUCAGGGAGAAUGAACGCAAACGUAGGCAAUUGGCAGAGCAGGUUAAAGAGUCCAUAGCCUCCGCUUCCCAGCCAGAGUCCAGUGCGGAACUGGACAGCAGCGACUGGUUCGCAGAGCUCUAUCCCGACUUAUCCUGGAAACCUCCAACUCCAACGAAAUGGGCAUUCCAACCCUGCAUCAGCUGUCAAACGAACAGCUUUCUCUGUGAUCAUGCGCUACCUACUUGCACUCAGUGCAAGAAUACAGAGAAGAGAUGCAGCUAUCAAUACUUGACUAAUCCGCGGAGAACCGAACCUGUCCGCUUUGACGAGGUGCCACGUACAUGUUUCGCCUGCCGUGAAGUCAACGUCAAGAUUCAAAUCUCCGGCCUCUGCGGACCUUGUGAUGCUAAAGCACGCCUCGAAGAAAACCAAAUGAGUACAGCUUUAUCAGCAACUACGCCCAUAUCAAAUACAGUAGCUUCAACCACGCAAAUCGAAGAAUCAAAGUCCGAACUUCCGCGUUUCCUAGCUUCGUUGGAGACCAGACUUGAGGAUAUUCGCUUAGGCCAUACCCCACAACAACAGCCUCAGCCAGAAGUCAUCCCGAAAGUUAACCCUGAAGCUAAAUCGCGACUACCAAAGCAGGUUCUCAUCCAACUUCCACCCGUCCUUCCAUCAGAAGAAACAACUACCAGUCCUCUCCCGGGCUUCACAACUCCCUGCCUCGCCUGCCUCGACAAGCUAAUCCCAUGCUCAACACACCUCGAACCCACUUCGCCUUCCAAUCCUCAUCCAACAUCCUCCAUAAAACCUUACCGACCCCCAAGCAUCCGCUCCAAGCAUGCUACGACUACCAACUCCGAUGCUCAACAGCCAACAUUAGCAACAGCAACUCCUUGCCUAGCUUGUUUCGACGACACGGUUUGUGCGUACCACCUGAAGUCCGGAUGGGACGAGAAAGCCGCUACGGCGUGUGGUGGUUGUCGAUUUGCGGGGUUGGAUUGUGAUGAGGGUAAGCCUGGAUGUGGUGCAUGUGAGGAGAGAGGAGUAGAGUGUUUGUACAUCAAGGGUACUGUGGCUGGCGAGAGCAAAGGCGUGCAUGCAAAAGAAGCAGCUCCCAAGCCAGAAGCAGACCCAGAAACCGCUCCUGUCCCAUCUCCUACCUCCACAACCCCUAAAAUCCAACCUCCACCACCACCUCGUGCCUGCGGCAGCUGUCGUCUCUCGGAAACAACCUGUGAUGGAACAAGACCCGGGUGCUUGGUUUGCAAAGGAAAAGGACUGGAGUGUCUAUACAUUAGCGGCGGCAUGCAAUCUUCUGAGUCUACUGAUGAACUUACUACAUUUAAGGCCACUUGUACUGAAUACAAGGACGAGAAUGAAGAUGAGGAUGAGGAUGAAAUUGAGGAUGAGAAUGGGGAUGUGGAUGAUCCCUCCCUCAACGGACUCGCCACUUCAACAAUCCUCUAUCUCGCCACCGAAAAAUUAAAAGCACACAGUACCAGCGAUGUCCAGGACUCAAAUCUCGAUGAUUCAGUCAUCCUUGCCACUGCCAGUGAUACUGAGCUCGAGACUUCCACUGCCGAUGCAAGUGAAUCGGCAAGUUGUGACUUGGUUGAGCGAGGUGAGCUCACUCACCCGCCAAACGAGGAGCUAGACGGCUCAAGCGAGGGUGAGAGUGAGGGCUGGGAUGUGGUGAGUAGCAAUGAGGAGUAUGAGGUCAUUGAUGCUGGGCGUGAGUCUGACGAUGGGGACGAGGGGAGUUUGGUCCUUUGA